CUCGGUAUUUGGUCGGUACUUGAUUUAUUAUUUUAAAUUACUUUCGAGUAUUAAACAAAGUAAUUGCUACGUGUGACAGUGUGGUGGAUAAGAAACGUAUAUGUUAUUGUUUGUUUUACAUUUUCAUGCAUUUGAUUUUCACUAUACCAAUUUUGAAAAGAGGAAGGAAUGAUUCAAUAUAUGUUUCAUCUUGUAUCUUCAUAGAAUACCGUUGGAUACAUGCAUGCAUCAUAGUAAUACACGGCAAAAAAGUAGCUCAAAUGUAAAAAAAAAGAAGAAGAAGAAAAUAGUAGCUCAAUUAGAUGGACACCAUUAAUAUCACAUUGCUUGCUUGAUUAUACUAUUUAUUAAUUUUGUUAUUAUGACAUGAAUAUCAAGUCACAAAUGCAUGCAUUUUGUUUAAAUCUCUUUCUUAUCUCCCCCAAAUAUAUAUCCUCUAUGGUCUCUAUUCCUUUCUGCAAAUUAAACUGAAGGGUAAUCAUCCUUAACUAAGCAUUUCUAGUUCAAAAGUGAGUGAUUAUCUUUGUUCCAAUGGUGAACAAUACAGAGAGUAGUGAGUCUAGCGAUGACGAACAGAGUUACUCAUCCUCAUCUGAAGAAUGGUCCAAGUCAUCGGACGAUGCUGAUGAAAUUGUGGAAGUCAAUGGGUUUCAGGUUCUUGAUUCACAGGUGAUGAUAAAUCAAGAAACUAUAAAUAUCAAUAUUAAUAGUGUAAAACAAAUAAACAACGAUUGGACAUUGCUUGUUUCACAGGUGAACCAAGUGUUGGCAAUCUUUGAGAAAUAUCCAGACAUGGCAUCAGAUUUCAGUUUAAAGAACCAACAGCUUAGAAAUGCUUACAUGGGUGUUCUUCUCAACCUAAUUAUGACACUAUGCCAAUCGCCUGAUGAGCUCACAAUGGACGAUCUAAACAAAGCAGACAGCACAGUUUUGGAUCUAACAAAAGCAGGCUUUAAGUUGCAUUGGUUGCGUCAGAAAGUAGACGAGGCUUUCCUUAAAAAGGAGAAAAAACGGGAGUUUAGGGCACGGAUUAGAUUACUUGAGGAAAAAGUCAAGAAGCGAAAGCUGUCUUUGUCGGAUUUAGAAUCUGAUCUGAAGAAACAGAAAGCUACAGCUUUGGCUACUGAAACACCAUUUGAUUUCAGUGAUAUUGUUUGAUAAAAGGAAGUCACUGAUUGAGUGUUUUAGUUGAAGCUCUCUGCUUAUUUCCUUAACUUUUCUUAUUUCAAAACAGUCUGUCUUCUUUGAAGAAAAAUACUUUACGUAUGGAUCAAGUUUCAUAUACACCAUUUUUACAGAAUAAAUAUGAAACAGACAUAUGAAACAGAGCAUCUGCUUCCCAAGUUUGCAUGUAUAAAAACCGAAGAGUGAAUCCUAGCUAUUGAAAGUCAAUGAGUUCUUUGACAUUAGAAAAAAAAAUGCUUUGACAUAAGGAAUAAGUUUCUCCAAUGUGGUGACAGAAAAAAUGUUUCUCCAAUGUAUAGAUAAAUUUAUGGUUCAUCUAUACAAAAAUGCAAGUCCAUAGUUUAAAAUAAUAUAGACUACAAAAUAUAUCUAUGAUAUUAUUUGAGAAAUUACAUGUCGCUCUCACGUUAAUUUUCAAAA